AAUGCGCGAACAAAACAAACGAAAAAAAUUUAUUUAGCACUGUGUAUUUGCGAACUAUGGGGGAGUUAAAUUCAGUAUAUAACUAAUAUUAUUAAAAUAAAUAUAAUAAGUAUAAGUUGUAAUAAAAAUACAUAAAUAAAUACAAUAAUUGUGCAGCUUUAUUCCAUCGUGUAAUAUGCAUGAAAUAAAUAGAAACAAUUUUUAAUUAGAAGAUGCUAUACAUACAUACAUACAUAUAUCUAAUAAGAAAAUUUAAGUGCUGCAAUUGACAAAAAUGUUUAAUUACACUCGAAAGGAGCAAACGUAAAAUAAGCCUUCAAUAGGAGAGUAAAUCUUUUCGGAACACGGCUUGCCUAACAUUAUAUACCAUUUUAAGGACAUUCGGCGAUAAAGCGCUUUGUAAUGUCAUUCGACAAAUUGCUGUAUAAAUAUGAUGACCCACAUGGACCUGGCGACGUCUAUUUUAUUUGGCAAAAGGGUACGCUGGGUGGUCUAUUGGCCACCACUGGUUCGGAUGGCUCAGUGGCGAUAUUCAAUCGUCAAGGACAAUUAGUUGAACGUUUAUUAUUGGCUGGUUUAUGCUCUGGUUUUGCUUGGGAUAAUUGCGGCGAUUUGUUGGGUAUUAUUAACGCCACAACACCAGUGAUCACUAUAUGGGAUGCUAGCACACAAUUGAAAACGACCAUCGAAUCGGGCCUACGUGAUCCGCUAACUUGCAUUGUAUGGUCCAAACAAGAACAAGUGCUAGCUGUGGGCACAGCGCGUGGCAAUUUGGCUAUUUAUAAUCAUCGUUCUGGCAAGCGUACACCGAUUUUGGGUAAACACAAUAAGCGUAUCACGUGUGGCGCUUGGUCGGCACAAAAUUUAUUAGCGCUCGGCUCAGAUGAUAAAAGCUUCUCCUUGAGUAAUGAGGCUGGCGAUACGGUGCGUGUGGUGCAAUUGCGUGAUGCACCCACUGAUAUGUAUUUCGCACAAAUGGCUAGUGAAGAGCGUGUCAGUGGCAGUAAUGGUAGCCUGGGCGAUGCUACUAGUGCUAGUGUAGGUGGUGGUGGUGGUGAAAAUACCGUUAGCAUGAUUAUCGGCAAGCGUACUUUGUUUCUGUACUAUUUACCCGAACCUGAUGCGCCUACGGAGCUGGGAUUUCAAAGCCGUUAUGGUUCGUUGUUGCAGCACAAAUGGUUUGGUGAUGGUUAUAUUUUGUUGGGUUUCUCGAAUGGUCACGUUGUGGCCAUAUCAACGCAUCCACGCGAUGUCGGACAAGAAUUGUGGCAGGUAAAAAAUCAUAAAGAAGAACUCACUGGAUUGGCAUACUGUCCAACAUUGGAUAUAGUAGCUUCAUGCGGCGACGAUACCAUAAAAAUCCAUUCCAUUACCAACUUGCAAGAAACCGAAAAAAUCAUAACCGUACCCGACCAUUCGGGUGUGCAAAUGAUAGACUGGUCCAGUGAUGGACAGUUACUAGCUGUUACCUCUAUGGCUGGCUCAGUUUAUAUAUAUGUGACCAAGCUUUCGGUGCUAUACGCCGUAUCACCGCCGCGCAUUGCCAUUUUGAGCAGCUUAUCGGAGGUAUCCAUAUACGUUUACUCACCGGAGAAGUCGUCCAAACCCAUACCUUAUCGGCUGAGUCUAGUUGACGAACCAAGCUUCUUGGCAAUCGGUCCAUUUCAUCUUGCAACAGGACUCGACAAUCAUGUUUGGUUUUACGAUCUGGGCAAGACGUUGGGUGAUCAGCCGCAAUUACUCAGUGAGCGUGAUUUCCCUGCGCCAAUUGUGGAUUUUAAACUGAACGCCGAUUACUGCGCGGCACUAUGUGGUCCACGGCUCUGCUUGCAAGCAGUUGCAACGGAUAAUCCAAAUGUAAAGGAUAAACUCUCGCAAACAUUCCCAACCGCGUUGGCGGCGCUCAACGAAGCAGUGAUAACGUGCUUCUGUUUGACGCAAGAAUUCCUAAUAUUCGCUACAGAUCUCGGCCAUCUUAUAUAUUUUUCACUGGAUAAAUGGGAUGUAUGCACGAAAUAUUGUCACAAUAUGGGCAUACGAAAGCUAUAUUCCGAUACGGAGGGCACAAAAUUAAUAUUUGUGGAUGAACAUUCUCAAGGAUAUGUAUUUCUGCCGGCUUUAGAGGAAGCUAUCAUCAUAACAGAUUUUCCUAAAAAAUGUGAGGGCUGCCUAUGGGAUGUGGCACAGCAACACAUAUUUAUUACGUUCGACACUAAAUUAGUGACUACACACGUCUUCGUGCGUUACUCGGUGAAAGGUAAACAUACGUUGAAGAUUGGCGAAAGCAAAUUGAAUUCUGUUCAAUUGCCGUUGAUGUUGUGCGACGGUGAAAUGGUGCUACACAUAGACGGUGGUCAAUACGCCACCCAAACGCUAUCCACACACCUAGUUACACCGAGCAUAAGUCCCAGUGUAAACCUAAAAACACUUUUAAAUCUCAAAAACUACGUAGAGGCAUACAAGACUUGCGAGCGUAUGAAUGCGCGUACCGGUUGGUUGGAAUUCGGUGAGCAGGCGAUAGCCGAUUUGGAGCCGGAGAUCGCACUGCGCGCUUAUCGUCAUAUCGGCGAUGCUGCCAUGGUCAGCGCUUUAGAGAAUAUGCGUUACAUUGAGGAUGUCACAAUGCUGACCGGCUUCUGUUGUCUGCUUUUGGGGAAAUAUGACGAGGCGAAAGAUAACUUUUUACGUGGCUCAUACACCAAAGAAGCGCUCGAAAUUUGCCGUGAUUUGUUGCAGUGGGAGCAGGCAUUAUUGUUGGCGCAUAAAUUCGAACCGGAUGAGGUGCCGUUUAUUGCUAGGGAAUAUGCUCAGCAAUUGGAAUUCACUGGCAACUACGCCGACGCAUUGUAUCAUUAUGAAAAGGGCUACAAAGAGGAUUUGAUUAAUGACAAUGACGAAGAGCUGCUGAACGCGUCGCCGGAAUAUGAGGAGCAUGUACGCCAAUGUAAAAUGGGCAUAUCGCGCACUUCUAUACGUGCUGGCGACUUCCGACGCGGUAUACAAUAUGCCGUUGAACUGAAUGACAAACAAUUGCUAUUUGAUUGCGCCGAGCUGCUAGCCACCGUGGGUCACUACACCGAGGCUGCUGGUCUGUAUGAGCGCGGCGAAUACUACGAUGAGGCCUGCAACCAUUAUAUCAAUCUGAAAAUGUGGCACAAAGCAAACCAGAUAUUGCCACAAGUGCAGAGCACGAAACUGCACGCCGCCUAUGCCAAGGCUAAGGAGGCGGACGGGCAAUUUGAAGAGGCUAUCAAUAGCUAUCGCAUAGCUGGCGAUUUGGACGCAUGCGUGCGCAUCUAUCUGGAUCACUUGUGUGAUCCGCAUGCGGCCUCCGAAAUUGUGCUUGAGUCACGCUCCAUGGAGGCGGCAAAGAUGUUGGCGAAAUUUUAUCAGAAAAUCGGCGAUAUUGAGCAGGCGCUACAGUUUCUAGUCAUUUGCGGUUGUUUGGAGGAGGCGUUCGCACUGGCGCAGCGCCACAACAAGCUCAAACAGCAUGGUGAACUGUUGCAACGCUACGAGAAUGCCAAGUCUAGUGAUUAUCUUGCGCUUGCGCAUUACUUUGAGGCGGAGAAGUAUACGCUGUUGGCUGGCAAGUAUUAUUUUUUGGCGCGCGAGUUCAGCAAGGCGCUGCGUUUCUUGCUUAAAGCGUCCGCCUUCAGCAACGAAGAGACGCAGGCACUGUCACUGGCCAUCGACUGCGUGGCCACAUCGAAUAACGAACAGUUGGCCACACAGUUGAUUGAAUUCCUGCUCGGCGAAGUGGAUGGCGUGCCCAAAGAUCCGCGCUAUCUCUUCCGCUUGUAUAUGGCGCGCAAGCAUUACAAGGACGCUGCCAAGACCGCGGUCAUUGUGGCGAGUCAAGAGCAAAUUGCCGGUAAUUAUAAGACGGCGCGCGAUAUGCUCUUCUCCAUGUACCAGGAGCUGCGUCGCAACAAUUUGGCGGUAUCGGCUGACAUGCGCCACAACCUCAUACUGCUGCAUCGCUACACUUUAGUGCGCAUACAUGUGAAGCUCGGCAACCAUCUGCUGGCCGCCAAGUUGUUGGUGCAGGUCGCCGCUAACAUCUCACAGUUUCCGGAACAUAUUGUGCCCAUUCUCACCUCGACCGUUAUCGAAUGUCAUCGCGCUGGCCUAAAGAAGUCCGCCUUCCUGUACGCUUCGAUGUUGAUGCGUCCCGAUUAUCGGCACCAGUUGGAUGCGCGUUAUGCAAAGAAAAUCGAGUCCAUCGUACGCAAAGCACCGAAGGGCAUCAAAAUGCUGAGCGAUGACAUCGAGGCCGAGACAAUGGAAUGCCCGAUUUGUGGUGCCAACUUGCCGAAUAUGGAGGUUACUUGCCACAGCUGCAAGACGACGCUGCCCAUUUGCAUAGCAACGGGUCAACAUAUUAUCAAACAGCAAAUGACUUCGUGUCCGGAAUGCGAUUUCCUUUGUUUUCGCGCCGAAAUGGAGAAAAUACUUUCUGAGCUGAACGCAUGCCCGAUGUGCGGAGAACACGUUGCGCCCGAGCAGUUGCUCGAUGUCGAGGACAUACGUCCGUAUAUAUUGGCCUCGUCCUAGUGACACCUGUUGGUUGUAUUGUGUCUUAUUUUAAAGUUAAAUUGGAUUAGUCAUUGUAUAUAGUAAUAAGCAUGCACGUUUAUUUGCACCGUUAUAUCUAUUUAUGUAGAGAUACAAAGAGAUUUUGUACAUACAGAUUUAAUAAAAUCGCUCACCUGCAAGGAUU